AUGUCCAUCAUUGCCGGGACGUGGGAUCUCAACCCAUCAAGCCCAGCGCCAGCUGAGUUAAAGCUCGACGGGCCCACCUACCACGAAGACUCGAUCCUGCUUCUGGAUGAACGUAUCCCGGUGUCGGCUGAGGACAUUCAGCCAGGCGGCAAGUACCGAUCCAUUGCGAAGCUCUUCAUCCGCUACGCCGGCCAAGAGCCCGAAGACACCCGAUAUGCCAUGGCGACAGGAUGGCUGAUCCGUGAUGAUAUACUCGUUACCGCGGGACACUGCGCCUUUGACUGGACUCUGAAGGAUACCGAAGGGCUUGGGCGAGCCGUCGAGGUUAAAGCCUACAUAGGGUAUCAUGGCAAGGCGUCGGUGAACGAGGGCCUCCUCGCUAGUGGAAGCGUACAGUUCCGGUACGGCGUCAAGGUCGUGACUACCGAGGGCUGGCUGAAAGGGGGGAGUGAUCGCAACAACGAUGUUGCAUUCGUUCAGCUCAAUCGCCCUUUCGAUGAUUUAACUCCGUUCGAGUACCAAAGUACCCCGCUGCUAGGUAGCGAGGUAAUCGGCGUUGUCGGAUACCCAGCCGACAGGAUCUACAAAGAGGAGUCCGGCGGCCAGAUGUACGAGGAGUUUAGGCAGACCAGGUGGAACCUGGACCAUUCGGCGGGCAAACUGCUGGAAUACCGUAUCAACACUUUUAGAGGCCAAACCGGAGCGCCAGUCCUGCUAAAGUCAAAUCAUGCUUCCAUUGGCACGCACGUAUAUGGAGGUCCCGAGAAGAAUGCAGCCAGUGUCAUUGGAGAACACGGGAAUCCAUACGCGGAGUAUAUCCCGGUUUUCGAUAGAUCUUUUCCCGAAGUAUCGCUGUUGACUCCUCGGCCGGGCGUCACAUAUGUUGAGAUUCAGGCCACGGAUAUACGCGGGGCAAAUCCCGAGGAAGAAUCCUAG